AUACAAUAUUUAACCUUAACCUAUAAUUACUCUAUUAAAGUCCGUAACAAUGCCUAAGAAUACCUUAUACGUCACAGGUUUCAACAAGGAAACAAAGGCAGCCGACUUGGCUCCUGAUUUCGAACAAUACGGUGAAUUAGUCAGAUUGGAUAUUCCACCUCCAAGAACUGAUGAUGGUGAAAAAUACGCAUUCGUCGAAUAUAAAGAUUACGAAAGUAUGGAAAAGGCUUUAGAUUUAGAUGGUAAAACAUUACCAUACUCUUUAAAAGAUGGUUUAGUUGUUCAAAUUGCCAGAUCAGAUCCAUAUAGUGUUAGAUCCAGAGGUGGGUUCAGAGGUGGCCGUGGUGGAUAUGAUCGUGGUGGAUAUGACCGUGGUUAUGGUAGUCAUGGUGGCUACGAUCGUGGUUAUGGUUCCAGAGGUGGAUAUGGUGGAUAUGGAUAUGCUCCAAGAGGUGGUCGUGGAGGUUAUGGUGACUACAGAGGAGGCCGUGGAGGUUACGGUGGAGAUAGAGGUGGUCGUGGAGGCUAUGGAGAUUACAGAGGAGGUCGUGGAGGAUACGGAGACAGAGGAGGUCGUGGAGGAUAUGGAGACUACAGAGGUAGCCGUGGUGGAUACGGAGGUGACAGAGGAGGAUAUCGUGAUGAUCGUGAAGGCCGUAGUGGUGGUGAUGAAGGUCGUGAUGGUGAUAGAAAACCAUACUCUAGAUCUCCUUCUAGAUCUCCAAGUAGAAGAGAUAGAUCCAGAUCUCCUGAACGUUUCUAAAUCAGGUAAAACAAAAUGUAAUGAAAAGCAAAGCAAAGCAAAGCAAAGCAAAGCAAA